CCACAGACGAAUUUAUACAGACGUAAGAGUGCGGUACAAACCACUAAAAAUUUUCGGUACCAUGUUUUCUUCUUUUUCCUUAUCCACAAGCUCACCGAGGGGGCUAGUUAUUACCAUUUUGCGGUUGUUUUUACGCAUUGGUUUACCCCUCCCUCAAGAUUUUGACAGUUUUUCGCCGUCUUCGCCGGCUUUCGCCGCACAAAAACUUGUUUUGUUUUGUUUACGUAUUCGACCCAAAUCCAUCGGCAAAUUUGCGUCGUUUGCGUGGCUAGUGAAAUUAUUUGAAAUUCAAUUAUACGAAUUAUUCGAUGUUUUCCAUUGUGAGUAAUUAGCGCAGCAGCAAGAAUGAAACCAGCUACGGCCAAGCUGCUGGAUCUCAGAGCCGACGUUCUUCGCCAAGUCGUACACGAGCGACAAAUGUUGGUGACACCGAAUUUGUUUUGCAUUGGUGGAUCUGUACGAUUCGCUAGAUUCCGCCUGAGAACGAAUCUUGGAAGAAUAUCUCGCAGUGUCCCUAUCAUGUUGCCAGUUGGUGGAAUUGCUGAGAUGAUGCACGGGAGUUUCAGAGUGCCGGAUCUGGACGGGAUGCAGCUGAAAUUUGUCGCUGCCCAACCGGAACCUUGUCCAGCUGCCGGAAGCACCCCAGUUCAUCCUCCUCGAAUGACAGUUUCUUGGACAGCGAAGAAGAGGCACGGCGAUGUGAUAUCAAAGAACCCAGCGAUUGAAGCAGAAGAUGGAUGCUGCACGCGGGAAGCGACAACAAGUUUAAACUGUAAGCGGAAAACCGAGAUAAACUGUAUCCAAAGUUGAAGACCCCCUCGUGCCGACAGUACAGUGGUGAAAUAAAAAGGUGGUAAAAUUGCGUAGCUGGAGAUGGAUAUCCUAGACGAUGAGUGCAAGAUUACCGAGCCGGAACGGCAGAACCGAAAAUACAAGAGCUUGCUCCAGAUUAUAAAGAAGCGUGAGAAGGCCAGGAAGUGGACAGGAUCCAGCUAUAUCAUAUGUCGAUGAACAGCAAAAACGAGGACAAGGAGUAUGCGGUGGUGGAGGAAAGAUUAAUACCAUAGACUUAAUAGUAAUGCUCCCGAAUGCAGAGCAGAAUUGGGAAGACGAGCAGCUGGCCUCGACGAUGUACAAACCAGGUAUGUAGUUUUCGAUUUUAGCAAACAUUAUUUCAGAAGUUAAAAAAUAAAAAAAUGCACGGUUGUGUAGAAAAUUACUUUCCUUCGAACUGAGCACAUUCAAAAAACUGCUAAAGUAUAUCUAGGCAG